CAGUGCGUUUACAAGACACCUCACUUGUUUCCUACACUAAUUUGGAUGGCACUUCAUUGUAUAAUCUAUCAUAUCAAUACUGACUUGGCCCCUUGCUGCUUCCGAUCACUAUGGAAAACGGCCACCCCCAGCCGGAUGUGAAAACCAUCCAGCUCUCCCCUACUCUCACACCAGGCUACACACACGCCCCUGGUCUCACAGAGGAAAGCGCAAAGAAAGCAUCCGAGCUGCUCACAAUCAACCAUGGCUUGUACCACACCAGGUUCAAUGGUGGUCUACACAACCACAUUGUCCAUCACCUUCUAGCUCUCUGGGCCUUGGGUGCGUCGCCGACGGAGAUUCAAGACAUGUGGGAGUACAACAUCGCCUACCAAGCAUCGCUGGCACCGGUAGUAGUAGACCUGAUCGACCUCAAGGACCCAGUGCUCUUCAGAAAAUGCCUCGGAAGGAACGAAUGUUACUACGACUUUCUCAGAUUCUUCGAAGAUGAGGUCGCUGAGAAGGGCGUCCCCGCUGUUGUGAAGGAGUACGUCUUCAAGGGCGAUGAGCUGGCCAACGAUAUCUUCUGCCGCAUGUUUACAGGAAAACCAGACCUUGUCCACCCAAUAAUCCACCUGGGUUGCGCCCUCGAGUUCAACCAACCGAGCCUCGUUGCCGAAGCCCUCGCGGCAGCCUGCGUUCACGGCGACUGGCCGAAGCAAGUCCUCCUCCCUACAGAAGAAUACAUCCGGUCCAAGUCACCUUCCACACUGCCACCGUCAACCUCCCUCCUCGACAUCCUCCGCAGCCUCAGGAAAGACCCCGUCAUCUCCUCGGGGGUCAAGUACUCUGAUCCCUUCAACAAGAUUCCCGACGGUCUGCUCAAGCGCGUAUCCGGGAAACAGUUCGCGCCCUAUCUCGCCCAAUUCCGCGUCGACACGUCCAUCACAUCGGACGAGUUGCAGAGCAAGAUGGUCGAGAUGAUGCAGACGUGUGCCUACAUGAUGGGCGCGGCGCAGCGGCCGGGCAAGCGCGAGAGCAUUGAUUUCGUGCUCCUGCACACUGUCACGCUGUCUGUGUUUUACCCGGCCUUUAUGGCGCUGGGCUGGCUCUCGGACCAGGACAAGGCGCGCUUGCUGGAGGCCACGGCACGGAUCGACGCCGUGAUGUAUGCCGGCUGCGCUUGUCCUCCGCUGUAUCCGCAGCGGAUCAUCGACUAUGUGCCCAAGUAUCCGGAGCAUGGCUGGGCGGACUUGUUCCAUCGGGCUAUUGAGUACGAGGACGAAGGGCAUGUGGCCAAGUUGAUCCGGGCCCUAUUCAGUGUGGAAAACCUGGGAGACCCGGCGCCAGGAUCUCCUAUCGCGAAGAAGGACUUCAUCAAGAUCGCGCACAUGGCGGUGGACUCGGUUGAAAGGGCGUUCGAGCCCGACGGCCACCACCUGAUGCCCGAGGCAGUCGCAGAAGCCAUGACCAAGCGGGUAGGACAGGGCGGGGAGAUGGUGACGAAGAACCAAAUGAGAUGGGUGUUCUAUGGAGGACUCGACAAGGCCUGGGAUUGGGUUCCUGACUUGAAAGCGUGAGAUGUAAAUGCGAAAAUCGGACUCAUUCUCUGAAUCCCAUGGCUUUGAUGAUGAACUACAGCUAGAAUUUUACAAAAACAUUGGUGUUAUGCGAUAAUGCAGACUUCACAUCCUCUCUAGAAACUUAUGAUA